GUCCGGAAACAAUAAUCUUUUUGCGGAGGUCGGAAGACCCGCAAAGGAAACUCCGCCGCAAGUCAUCUGAAAUUUCGCGGGCCGCAGCAUCCAAAAAAGUUCCAACUGUUUGGAGUCAUUCCACGCCUGUGUUUUCCCCGUGCUUUUUUAGGCCUUUCUGCGGGGAUAAACGAGUUUUUCUCUAGUCUGAUCACAGAUCUUUAGUUGCUACUCCCUGCGAUCCGAAAAGGGCGAUUCAACGCCUUGGAAAUACCCAAUGGCGGAAGUUGAAAUCGACCUCUAUGAGGUCUUGGAGAUAGAGCGAAAUGCGUCCAAGGAGGAAAUUCGCAAGGCCUAUCGCAAGGCCGCUCUAGGAAGUCAUCCCGACAAGGUGCCAGAAGAGGAGCGUGAGGCUGCAGAAGUCAAAUUCAAAAUGGUGCAACAAGCCUACGAUAUUCUCUAUGAUGAGGAGAAGCGACACCUCUAUGACACUCAUGGAAUGGGCGCUUUCAACGGAUCAGGAGACCCCGGAAUGGGUGCAGGACCCGACUUGGACGAUAUCCUCGCACAGAUGUUUGGUGGCAUGGGCGGUAUGGGCGGCAUGCCCGGAGGUGCCCGUCCCAAAAAGCCUAGAAGGAGUCCGAAUGAAGAGCAGAAAUACGAGGUCAGCUUGGAAGAUCUGUACAAGGGCAGGACCGUCAAGUUCGCCAGCACGAAGAACGUCAUUUGCAGCCUCUGCAAGGGCAAGGGAGGCAAAGAGAAGGCGCAGGCCAAGAAGUGCUCAACCUGUGACGGACAAGGUUUCAAGGAAGUACUCACCCGCAUGGGUCCUUACUUGACUCAACAGACCGUGGCAUGUUCUGUGUGCAAGGGCGAUGGAAGCUUUUUCAGCCCGAAGGACAAGUGCAAGAAGUGCAAGGGGGAGAAGGUGACUGAGGAGAAGAAAAUGCUGGAGAUUUAUAUUCCCCGGGGUGCAAAGGAAGGAGAUAAGAUCGUCCUGGAAGGCGAAGCGGAUCAGGUCCCUGGUCAGGAACCUGGCGAUAUCGUCUUCCAUAUCGCUGAGAUAGAACACCCCACGUUCAGACGAGCUGGUGCGGACCUGACGGCGACUCUCGACAUCACGCUCGCAGAGGCCCUGGCCGGCUUCUCCCGCGUUGUAGUGAAACACCUUGAUGGGCGCGGCAUCGAGAUCACUCAUCCCAAGAAGCCAGGUCAGGUUCUUCACCCCGACCAAGUCCUGAAGAUUCCUGGUGAAGGCAUGCCACACAAACGCAGCGACGCUCGCGGCGACUUGUACCUGGUAGUCAACGUCAAGUUCCCCGACGAGAAGUGGACACCCAGCCCCGCUGAGCUGGAGAAGCUCAGAGAGAUCCUGCCCAAGCCGGAACCGCCCAUCCAGACAGACGUCGUUGACGAAGUCGAAUACGACCCUCAGGGCGACCUGGAAGAUUUCGGAGCCAACGACCCCCGCGGCGGCUCUGGCUGGGAGGAUGAAGACGAUGAUGAGCCAGCGCAGUGCGCUGCGCAAUAGACUUGCCGUUUUGAAGUUCUAUUCGCGUAGAUGAUACACCCUCUUGGCCACUUUGUGCUAGCAUUGGAUAGGCGUUCCGGGGCUCUUUCUCUGUUCUUCUCUCUUUGAUUGCUAUGCUGAAAUGAAAUCUAGUUUGUUCCCGUAUUGCUUUGAGGGAUUUUGGGGAAGAAGAAGAUGAUGAUACUCUCGUCGCAGAAUAGAUACACUCUUUGGUUGAUAGCCGAGAAGGAAAAAGAGAUGGGCCUUCAUGACGUUUCAGGAUAGGAUUGAAGUAGAAAUGCAUUGCUUAUAUUUUUCAUACUUCUAAAACACAUUUGAUCUCGAGCGUAUGUUCUUCCCCUUGUAUCAGAUGAUGGAGAGCUCGUCUACUGAACAAAGUGUAUGCUAUGAAUGAGUAAAGCUUUACAAGCUUUCUAAGUUUCCGGACAAUCCGUGUAUGUUUUGGAAAAGUACUAGCCUAAUAGAUCUAUAA